AUGUCUUCUCGACUAUCCUCAGAGGAUCUCGCAAACAUGGAAUCCAUGCAACCAGAGAAUUUCCAGAUUUUCUCGCUGAACGACGAACGCAAAACCGUCGGAGGAAAAUCCCUCACUGCCCUUGCUGACAUGGCUUUGAGUCACAACAACUCGGCUGACGCUGCGAGUCUCCAUGCCCAGUUCCCGGAUGACGCCCUCAGCAACGAGUUUCACAACAACUCGCCCUCUCCAACCGGUGAACCGGUGCCGGAGCCUGUGGACCCCAACCUGCCUGAGCAUCUCAGGCCGUCAGUUCCCCCAGCCCCGGUCCAACCCCCCAAGACAAACUAUGUGCAAGUCGCAAGGGGUUUGAGGGCGGCUUCGGAAGCCCCCCAGGCUACCCCCAACCAGGAGCAGCUGCAAUUCAUCUUGCAGCAAUCAGAGUGGUUCCAGCAGAUGGUUGCCAUGGCAGCAAACCAACAGUUGGCCCAGACCAUGUCUGGACUGAGCAACAUCCCAGGCAACAACAUGUUUGUCGCACCACAACCACUUCGCGCUUUCGCGCAAGUUGUCCCGGCGACAGACGUUCCUACCACCUCGGUCGAAGCAUCAUCGUCUACCUCCAAGACGAACAAGAAGAGGGCCCCUGAAGCUGCAGAUCAGAAGCAGGACAACAAGAAGCAACGUGUUGCCAACCCCCACCCUGAGCUGAAGCUUAGCUUCCGCAUCGUUUGGAGCCGAUUUGAUUUCAACAUCGUCAAGCUUCGUGAUUGGAUUCAAAAGCAUGCCAACAACUCCGCCAAGACCGCCGAAAAGAAGGCUGAGACUCUUGAGAACAAGAAGGAACAACUGGAGACACUCAAGAGGGAGAUCGAAAUCCUUGAGGAAUCGACCAACGCUGCCAUCAAGAAGGCUGAGAGCCUGAACAACGACUUGGAAGAGACGAACAGCAUCAUCAACCGUCUUCCCGGCAAGAGGGACUCCGCCAAGUCAGGCCAGGCUUCCAAGGCUUCCAAGAAGAAGUAG